UACUAAUCAGCUGAUAGAUCCAAAUGUUUGUUUUUCCGGCAGGCCAAUGAAACUUUGAAUUGGAUGCAAAAUGGCAGAAAAGAAGCGAUUUGUGUGCGUUAAUUGUGGACACAAAGUAAAAGAACUGUUCAAGAAAUACAGCAACACUAUGAAAACCACGCAAUGCGACAAAUGUCACCAAAUCACGGAUAAAUACAUUGAGUUCGAGGAGUUUAUCAUAUUAAUAGAUGCACUGCUAUUAGAUUCGUGCGCCUUUCGGCACAUAAUAUACAAUGGCGACUUUAAGCUCUACUGGAAGGUUUCGCUGGUGGUGCUGCUCCUGGAAUCCUUUGCGCUGUGCCGCCAAAAACUGCCCGACCCUCCGAAUGCCUCUUUGCAUGUCCACGAAAAGGGCUUUUACACAUAUACCCUUCAGAACAUGGGAGAUUACAUGUUCAUGAAUCUUUUGCUGCUAAUAAUCACCGCCACUCUGAGUAUUGAUUGGAUCCAGAAAAUAGGCUUUCGAAAUUUGACAUUAAUUAUACUCAAAGUGGUGCUGAUAUCCAACCUGUCCAAGUUCUUCCUUCUGCCCAUUUUGGUGUGGCGAAAUAACACGACCGUUUUUGGCCGGAACUUGCACCAUCUUCUGGUCAUGGCCCAUCACCUCUGCUCCCUGGUCCUCGCCUACGAGGCAGUCGGAGCCACUAGGAAGAGCCUUCGAUGGUGGGCUCUAACUUUGGUUGUUAUAGCUUUCGCUUUCAAGGAAACCGCAAGGCAGUUUGUCUCACUAGUGGUGGAGGAGCAUUUUACUUAGGAGAAAAUUGUUUAGGCAAUUGUUUAUAGAAGGCUGAAAAUAGUAAACCAAAAUUUAAUUUAACAAUAAUUUUACUCCCCAAAGAAAGCAACUUACUCUGAAAUAGGUGACAAUACCUACAAUAAAAAAGCAAGCUAAUUUUUUACUCAAA